UCAACUUCACGCUACUGCGAUUGUCUUUUAUUCCACAGAAUUGUGUUUCAUUGCACAUGUUCAUCGAUUUCUGUUGAAUUUAGGAAAAGUAUUACGAAUUCAACUAUAACAUGGGUGCUAUAUCCAGUAGAUAUCGUGUUUACAACUCGGGACUUACAAAUGUCGAUGUGAAUCCCGCUGAAAGUGAGAACAAACGUGAAAAUCCCGGAACGCUAGAUGAAAUUCAUAAAAAGACCAAAGAUGUUAUGCCCGUCAAUUUUGAAGGUGGCAAGCUGAUGGUGAACAGGGGACUGUCCAAUCAUUUCCAGAUGUCUCACACCCUUACAAUGAGCUCAGCCCAGAAUGGCUACAAACUAGGAGCAACAUACAUCGGUACCAAGCAGAUCUCUCCCUCGGAGGCCUUCCCCGUCAUUCUUGGAGACGUUGAUCCUUCAGGCAAUGUUAACUUCAGCUUAAUUCACCAACUUACUCCGGAGAUUAGGCUGAAGGGUGCUGCUCAGGUGCAAGAAUGCAAGCUGACAGCUACCCAGGGUACCCUGGAGUACAAGGGUUCCGACUACACGCUCGCGAUGGCUGUGGGCAAACCUGACUUUAAUGAGAAGUCAGCUGUGUUCGUCGGGCACUACUUACAGUCGGUGACAAAGCGGCUGGCGCUGGGCGCGGAGCUGGUGUACCAGUCGGGCGCCCGCGUCAUGGGCGGAGAGAUCGCUAUCACCUCCGCCGCCGCCAGAUAUACCAUGGACGACUCGGAAGUAUCAGCGACCCUGAGCUCGGCUAACUUCCACUUGUGCUACUUCAAGCAGUGCAGUGAACAAUUACAGGUUGUUGCGGAAAUGGACACCUCAUUCAGAGGCAUGGAAUCAGUCGGUACCAUUGGCUACCAGGUCAACAUACCCAAGGCAGAUCUAAUCUUCAGAGGAAUGGUAGACUCAAAUUGGAACAUCGGAGCAGUUCUGGAGAAGAAGCUGCAGCCGCUUCCAUUCACAUUUGCUCUGUCGGGUAUGGCGAACCAGGCCAAGCAACAGUUCAAAUUUGGGUGUGGUUUAAUCAUCGGUUAAUGAGUGAUUCGGAUGACUGUGAGACGAGUCAAGCUAGUGACCAUGUGAUUUAAAGUGAAGAAAGCAUUCUUGAAGUGAAUAAGUUAUUAUGAGUGAAAUUUUAUCUUUGUCGCUAAACGUGGAAAGAGAACAUGUAUACAAGUGUAGUGCAAAACUAGUAUUUUACUACUUUAAAUAUCUGUUGCAGAAAUACUGAAAUACCACUCAAUUUUAAGUUGUACUUGAAUAUUGAGCCAUCUCUGUAAUGUUACAAAGUAUUUGUAGUGGCAGAAACAUUUCUGAGUAUCUUAAAAUAGUGUGGCAUUUGAGUGUUUAAGUGUGUUUUUCAAAUGUGGAUUUCAAUGUGGCUAUGCUAUUUAAUACCUUGAAUUGCUGGAUUGUUAAUACUUAAUUAUGUUUUAAUUGGAAUUCUAAGCGUGUUGCGAUCAAUAUGUGAAAAGAUUAUUAGCUUUUAAAAGAGUGUAUCGAUGUUGCAUUUUCAAAACUUUAUGUCCACCGAGAUAAGCUAAAUGUGUUGCACAUAGUAAAGGCUAAAGAUCAUGUAUUUAAUGUGAAUGUGUUCAUCCAUUUUCUGUGUAUUAUAUCUUUGUCUUAGAAUUUCACGAUUAUUGUGACCACUAGCUUGAUUUUGUCAAAUGUAAUAUUAAUUUAGUCUAAUAUUUACUUGGUUGGUGUUAGGGAACCUAGUUAUUGGACUUCCAUUCAAGUAAAUAUCAAUGUUCAUAGUUUUGGGACGAAUUCUGAACAUUUCUCAUUUACUUAUUUUAAUUAAUAUUCAAUAAUAGUAAAUUCUUGUAAUAAUGAAACAAUUUUAAUGUAUUUGAAAUGUUAUUUAAUAAUUUUCACUUGUUCUUUGCUACAAAUGUACAAACUUAAGUAAUUUAUUAUCUAAGUGUAUUUUAUAAAAAUAUGGAAGUCCAAAAUGUAGGUUAGUCGCAUAUGUUAGCUGAUUCCUAAAUAAAUUAAUAGAUAUGUAUCACAAGUUGUGUGAAUGUAUUGAUAUGAGCCCGGACACCAUGUAAACUAUGUAUUGAUUCUUUUUUCUUGGACAUUUUAUGUAUACCUUAUUUUUAUUUCUUUUAUUAUUAUGCUAUACUGUUUGUAAACACCAGAAUCGCAUUUAUGACAUAAAAACUCGCUCUAAGAUUGCUAAAAGAAUAUGUAUUAAAUUAACUUCCUAUUCUGAUUCUCAAUCCGCAGUUUAAUUUGCGACAUUUUAUAUAGAUAGCUAUUUUAAUAGGAUAGGAUUAUUUUAAUACAAGACUAAAUUUUAUAUAUUGUUUUACUGCCUUAAAUGUCUUAGAGUGAGAAACUAUCUGGGUAUCCCGUUUCGUCGUCCCCCUACCAAAAUAACACAACCCCAUCUAUAUUGGGGUUCAGACUUGCUUGAUGUCUUUCGCUGCCAUUCGCUGCUACGGCGGUAUAAGAGGGUGGACAUGUGCAACUAUAUGUCAAUUUCAAUUGUAUUUAUAUGUGUAACUAUGUAUUAUAUGUUUUAGUAAUUUUGUGUAACAUUGGACCAAGUAGUGUCUUUGGAUUAUAUAUGCAGAAACUACAUGUUUGUGUUCAGAUAAAUGCAUUUUAUUAUAACAGUUUUGGAUAUAGAUGUUAAAUAAAUAAUAAAACAUAGUGGUUGAUGUGGAACAAUGUAAUACCAUUGUUAUUUAGUGACCCUAAACUAGGAUAUUCUCCAGUAUCAUGGGUGCGUAAUAACACACAUGCGUAUCGCACAGAACUGGAACAAUAAUUUGUUAACACGAAGAGCUUAAUCCUGAAACUUAUUACCAUGCUUCCCAGCUACUGUGCUAAUCGGGGCUAUCCUAUCCAAUGUUACAUAAAUUAACUAAUUCCUAUAUGAAUAAAUAAACCAAAUAUUUAUAAUGAUCUGAGUGAUCAAGUCUCGAGGCAGUUGCAAAUGUACAUCCUCUUUCAGUAUGAGUGUAGAUAGGUUAUGGCAUACUGUACAAUGUACAUAGCGCCUGUUGUUAAAAUGUUUAUUUUUAAUAUAGUUACUUAUGUUAAUAAAUCAA